AUGCAAAAGAAAGGCCCGGCUGCCAAAAAGUUUGUCGCUGAUCGCAUUCGCGGAAGUGGCUACGGCUCGAGACGCUCCCGUAAUCGUCUUGGCAGAGACGAGACACAAUGGGUCGCGACGUGCCUAGGGAUCGAGGGCAUCAUGGCUGGCCAGCCUCUAGCAGCCAUCGUCAACCGUCAACCGUCAACCACCAUGCAAUGCAACCCCCCGUCUCCAACCAACUGCGGCGGUGCCUCGGAUGCUGCGCCAUGA